AUGCACACGCAGACACAGAUUGCUAAACUAAGGAUACAACUAAUUCACGUGUGGACAGCUAGACGGCUGAUACAGGAGCUCAGAGCCGGAGCCGGGCCGGAGCAGGAGCUGGAGCCGAAGCCGCCGUCGGGGGUCUGGGACUGGGCGGCCAGAGGACAGAGUCUAGGAUUCGAGAGCCACACGGAAACGUCUGUAGACCCCCUGCCGACCCCCCUAGCUGACCAUGCCAGCCUGACCCAGGCCCUGGGCUCGCUUCCAGUUGGACCAGGUGGGUCACGCAGCCGUAGUGAAAUCAUGGUUCGCAGAGGUGGCUGGAGCCUGGUGCUAGCGUGGAUCUUCUGUGCUGGCCUUGGGAGCCCUGGGGAUUCCGGGGACACCAUCUCCUGGGAGGUGCAGCGCUACGACGGCUGGUUCAACAACCUGGGCCAGCACCGCUGGGGUGCACGGGGCUCCAGGCUGCAGCGCCUGGUCCCCGCCAACUACGCGGAUGGCGUCUACCAGGCCCUGGGGGAGCCGCUCCUGCCCAACCCCCGCAACCUCAGUCUCGCGGUCACUUGGGGCCCCUCCGGCCAGCCCUCGCUCCGCAACCGCACCGUGCUGGGGGUCUUCUUUGGUUACCACAUGCUGUCGGAGGUGGUGAGCGUGGAGCAGCCCGGCUGCCCCGCCGAAUUCCUCAACAUCCCCAUCCCGGCCGGGGAUCCCGUGUUUGACCCCGACGGCAGCGGGGAUGUGGUGUUGCCCUUCCAGCGGAGCCAGUGGGACCUGGAUACCGGCCGGAGUCCCAGCAACCCCCGCGACCAGGUGAACGAAGUGACCGGCUGGCUGGACGGCAGCGCUAUCUAUGGCUCCUCGCACUCCUGGAGCGACGCCCUGAGGAGCUUCUCUGGGGGGCAGCUGGCGGCGGGGCCGGACCCGGACUUCCCCAGGGACACGCAAGGACCUCUCCUCAUGUGGACAGCCCCCGAUCCCUCCACGGGCCAGCGCGGGCCGCGGGGCAUCUAUGCUUUCGGGGCCAAGCGAGGGAACGAGGCCCUGUUCCUGCAGGCGCUCGGCCUCCUCUGGUUCCGCUACCACAACUGGUGGGCGAAGCGGCUGGCACGUGACCACCCGCAGUGGGGGGACGAGGCCCUGUUCCAGCAUGCCCGCAAGAGGGUCAUCGCCACCUACCAGAACAUUGCUCUGUAUGAAUGGCUGCCCAGCUUCCUGCAGAGAAGCCCACCCCCAUAUGGAGGAUACCGGCCGUUUCUGGACCCCAGUAUCUCCCCCGAAUUCCUGGCAGCUGUGGCUCAGUUCUCCUCCACCAUGGUGCCCUCGGGCGUCUAUCUGAGAAAUGCCAGCUGCCAUUUCCAGAAAGUCACCAACCAGGAUGGGAGCGUCUCUCCAGCCCUGCGUGUUUGCAACAGCUUCUGGAGCCGACAGAACCCCAACCUGCCCAGUGCCAAGGCCGUGGACUCGCUGCUGCUGGGCAUGUCCUCCCAGAUCGCCGAGCGCGAGGACAAUGUCGUGGUCGAGGAUCUGCGAGAUUUCUGGCCGGGACUACUGAAGUUCUCCCGCGCGGACUAUGUGGCGAGCUGGCUGCAGCGGGGUCGUGACCUGGGGUUGCCGACCUACAGCCGGGCCCGAGCCGCCAUGGGGCUGGAGCCACCCACUCACUGGCAGAAUAUCAACCCCAAGCUUCCCUGGGGGAACAACACGGUCCUGGAGGCCACAGCUGCCCUGUAUGGUCAUGACCUGUCCCGGCUAGAGCUGCUGCCCGGGGGCCUCCUGGAGAGCCAGGGUGACCCCGGGCCCCUCUUCAGCGCCAUCGUCCUCGACCAGUUUGUGCGGCUGCGGGACGGGGACCGCUACUGGUUUGAGAACACGAGGAACGGGCUGUUUUCCAAGGCGGAAAUCGCCGAGAUCAAGAACACGUCCCUUCACGAUGUCCUGGUGGCGGUGACUGGCGUGGACCCUGGAGCCCUGCAACCCAACGUCUUCAUCUGGCAUGAGGGAGACCCCUGCUCACAGCCAGGGCAGCUCACCAGUGCAGAUCUGCCCUCCUGUGUGCCCCUCACCGUGCUGGACUACUUUGAGGGCAGCGGAUUUGGUUUUGCAGUCACGAUCAGCGCGCUGUGCUGUCUGCCUCUAGCCAGCCUGCUCAGCGCCUGGAUUGUGGCCCGGGUCCGACGGAGGAAUUUCCAGAGGUUGCAGGACCAAACCCGCCAGAGCAUCCAGUCGGAGAAGCUGGUGGAGGGUGUGGAAGCGCUGGAGUGGCAGGGCCGGCGAGAGCCCAGCCGCCCCGUCCUCCUGAACGUGCAGCCCGGACUGCUGCACGUGCUGGACGGGAGGCUGGCCGUGCUCCGGUCCGUCCAGCUCCGCCCGCCCCAGCAGGUCAACCUCAUCCAGUCCAACAACCGGGGCCGUCGGACGCUGCUGCUCAAGAUCCCCAAGGAGUACGACCUGGUGCUGAUGUUGAAGUCGGAAGCAGAGCGGCAGGAGCUGGUACACCACCUGCGGGCGGCCCUGAAGGAGAGCGGUCUGCCCUUCCAGGAGUGGGAGCUGCGGGAGCAGGAGCUGCUGCGGGCAGCCGUGACCCACAAGCAGAGAGGCCUCAUCCUGGAGACCUUCUUCAGGCACCUGUUUUCCCAGGUGCUGGACAUUGAUCAGGCAGACGCGGGGGCCCUGCCCCUGGACUCGUCGCAGAAGGUGCGGGAGGCGCUGGCCUGUGAGCUGAGCCGGGCCGAGUUCGCCGAGUCUCUGGGCCUCAAGCCCCAGGCCAUGUUUGUGGAGUCCAUGUUCUCCCUGGCCGACAAGGACGGCAACGGCUACCUCUCCUUCCUCGAAUUCCUGGACAUCCUUGUGGUCUUCAUGAAAGGCUCCCCGGAGGAGAAGUCCCGGCUCAUGUUCCGGAUGUACGAUUUUGAUGGGAAUGGGCUCAUCUCCAAGGAUGAGUUCAUCCGGAUGCUGAGGUCCUUCAUCGAGAUCUCCAACAACUGCCUGUCCAAGGCUCAGCUGGCGGAGGUGGUGGAGUCCAUGUUCCGGGAAUCCGGCUUCCAGGACCGGACGGAGCUGACCUGGGAGGAUUUCCACUUCAUGCUGCGUGACCAUGACAGCGAGCUCCGCUUCACCCAGCUCUGCAUCAAAGGAGUCGAGGUCCCUGAGGUGGUGAAGGACUUGUGUCGCAGAGUCUCCUUCAUCAGCCAGGAGAAGAUCUAUGACCCGCUGCCCCAGUCGAUGGUACAGAAAUGCAAGUGUCCCACGAGCUCAGACCCCCCGCAGGAGGGACGCAAGAGGUUUGGCAAGAAGGCGACGUCCUUCCAGCCGCGGCCAUUCACUGAGGCCCGGCGGGAGAAGUUCCGGCGCAGCCGCUGGCACCAGGCGGUGCAGCAGUUCAAGCGCUUCGUGGAGAACUACCGACGGCACAUUGCCUGCACCACCAUCUUCUUCGCCAUCACCAGCGGGCUCUUCCUGGAGAGGGCUUACUACUACGCAUAUGCCGCGCACCACACGGGCAUCACGGACACCACCCGGGUGGGCAUCAUCUUGUCGCGGGGCACGGCGGCCAGCGUGUCCUUCAUGUUCUCCUACAUCCUGCUCACCAUGUGCCGCAACCUCAUCACCUUCCUGCGCGAGACCUUCCUGAAUCGCUACGUGCCCUUCGAUGCCGCCGUCGACUUCCACCGCGUCAUCGCCUACACCGCCGUGGUGCUCACCGUUCUGCACAGUGCCGGCCACGUGGUCAACGUGUACCUGUUCUCCAUCAGUCCGCUCAGCGUCCUCGCCUGCCUCUUCCCCCACCUUUUUCAUAAUGACGGGUCCGAGCUGCCCCAGAAGUAUUCCUGGUGGUUCUUCCAAACAGUCCCUGGCCUGACGGGCGUAGCUCUGCUCAUCAUCCUCGCCAUCAUGUACGUCUUUGCCUCCCGCCACUUCCGUCGCCGCAGUUUCCGGGGCUUCUGGCUGACCCACCACCUCUAUGUCCUGCUCUACAUCCUGCUCAUCAUCCACGGCAGCUACGCCCUGAUCCAGCAGCCGCGUUUCUACAUCUUCUUCCUGGUCCCUGCGCUCAUCUACGCGGGGGACAAGCUGGUGAGCCUGAGCCGGAAGAAAGUGGAGAUCGGCGUGGUGAAGGCCGAGCUGCUGCCCUCAGGUGUGACCCACCUGCAGUUUCAGCGCCCCCAGGGCUUCGAGUAUAAAUCCGGGCAGUGGGUGCGGAUCGCCUGCCUGGCACUGGGCACCACGGAGUACCACCCCUUCACGCUGACCUCCGCCCCCCACGAGGACACGCUCAGCCUGCACAUCCGUGCCGCGGGGCCCUGGACCACCCGCCUGCGGGAGAUCUACACUCCGCCCCCGGGGGCCGACAGUGCCAGAUACCCCAAGCUCUAUCUGGACGGGCCAUUUGGAGAGGGUCACCAGGAGUGGCACAAGUUUGAGGUGUCGGUGCUGGUUGGCGGGGGCAUCGGGGUCACUCCCUUUGCCUCCAUCCUCAAAGACCUGGUCUUCAAAUCAUCGGUCAGUUGCCAGCUGCUCUGUAGGAAGAUCUACUUCAUCUGGGUGACGCGGACGCAGAGGCAGUUCGAGUGGCUGGCCGACAUCAUCCGCGAGGUGGAGGAGAACGACCGGCAGGAGCUGGUGUCCGUCCACAUCUACAUCACCCAGCUGGCUGAGAAGUUCGACCUCAGGACCACCAUGCUGUACAUCUGUGAGCGCCACUUCCAGAAGGUGCUGAACAGGAGCCUGUUCACGGGCCUGCGCUCCGUCACCCACUUUGGCCGCCCGCAGUUCGUCCCCUUCUUCAGUUCCCUGCAGGAAGUUCACCCUCAGGUGCGGAAGAUCGGGGUGUUCAGCUGCGGCCCGCCCGGUAUGACCAAGAACGUGGAGAAGGCCUGUCAGCUCAUCAACCGGCAGGACCAGGCCCAGUUCUCCCACCACUAUGAGAACUUCUGAGUCUCCCCGCUGAGCAGCGCGGUAGGGCGAGGUUGGGGCCAGAGCCGACACCGCCCUUGACCUGUCUGGCCUCAGGUCCGCCUGGCACUUGGGGAUUGUCUGCAGCUGGCAUGCAGACAGGUUCGGGGCAGGUGCCCAGAGCUCCAACCUAUUCCCACUGUGCCAGGCUAAAGGGUGUGGGGGGUCCUGUAGCGGUACUGCACCCCCACUCAACGCUGUCUGGGCCAGCCGAGUGGGACAGAAACCCCCAAUCCUUUGCCCCCAGUCUGUAGAGCAGCUGGGGCUUGGAUCUUGGCAUUGGUGGGGACUCCAGGUCACUCUCCUCUCCCCACCCCGAAUCUCUUUCCUCCCUAACCGCAGACGGGGGCCGGGCCAGGCAGGACUGGGGCGAGGCAGCCCAGACUGUGGGGACGCUCCCUGGCUGCCAGAGCCACAGCUCUGCCCCGCCGCAUGGGCUGGGCUGCGAGGGUAUGAGAAGCAGAUCAGCCAGGCUCAGGGAGCUCGGGGUGUCUGUGUGGGUACUGGCUCAGCCCUGUCCGGUUCAAACACAUUCACCAACAGAUAGGCAAGAACCUUCUCCUGUGCAGCCCACUUCUCUGGAAAGGCAAUCCUGACCCUGUUCUCUGAAAAUAAAGCACUCCCCCACUCUAAGUUCACUUCUUUUCCU